AGCUUUAUCAAACACUGUACCAAUUAGGAUCCUAUGAAUCUCCUUCAACACAUCAACCCUUAAAGAAGAAAAAUUUCUCUUCCAAAAUCUUGAAAUCCUAUUUUCUCUUGCAAUAUUACAAAAAAAUAAUAAUUGUAAACAAAAAGUUUCAAGUUUUCAUAUUAUUAGAUCCAGUAUAUUGAGCUCUUUCAAAAAUUUUUGAAGAUAUAAUCAUCAUUUCAACAUAAGGUUCCGAUCCAUUAUGGGCCUCUCACAAUAUCCAACUCCGGCAGAUGCAGGAGUACUUGGUGUGAUUCUAGUAAACACAGCCAUAUCCAUCUCCAUUAUCAAGGAGAUACUCCGAUCGAUCCUUCGUGUGAUUGGCAUCCGUAUCGCAUCAUGGGAAGACUAUUCUAUUGAAGGACCCUUGGACUCACUUGAAUGCCGUGGAAGCCCACCAGAGUCAUACAUGGAGGAGUUCAGAAGCCGAACACCUGCAUUUCGUUAUGAUUCGCUAUGUAUCUCUAACCACCCUGAACAAGAAUGCUCUGUGUGCCUGACAAAAUUCGAGCCUGAUGCAGGGGUAAACAGUCUCUCAUGCGGUCACGUUUUCCAUAAGCUGUGUCUAGAGAAGUGGCUCAGGUAUUGGCAUGUAACUUGUCCUCUUUGCAGAAAUUACUUGAUGUCUCAACAAGAAGAGGACGAUACGUGUCCGAUGUGAGAUUAAACGUUUUACGGUGCCACUUCAUCCAUUUGAUGAUGUUAUCAUAUACAGCUUAGUAGUGUACAGGCUGAAUAUGUGGAUGCUUGAUCUUUGAUGUGAUGUAGUCUGUUAGCUUGUCAUAUUUGUGAUGCUUUGCGUCCUCUCAGAGUGACGGGUCUCUUUCGUGUGACCAAAAAACUUAAUACCUUGUUGUACAUGAUUUAGUCCUGUAGCUUGUUGUGUUUGUAAAACUUUGCGUCCUCUCAGAGUGACGGGUCUCUUUCGUGUGACCAAAAACUUGUACAUUAUAGUACAUGGUGUAGUCCUGUAGCUUAUUAAUGCUUUUUGUCCUCUCCAA